AUGAAUGGGAAACUAGUACAAUCAUUAAUCAAUUUGUUCCCUUUUUAACAUUAGGAGAUGAUGAUCAAAUGUGUGUUUGUCAUAGGAUUUGAUAAGCUUAUUAAAAAGGGUUAUGUAACAAAUGGGAAACCAAAUAUACAUGAAAUAAUCGAUUAUGCAAGCAAACUACAAUAGUAUGGCAGAUUGUUGUAAGUUCAGGAACCUUGUGAUAUUAGACAUGAAUUAGAUCAAUUGAAAGAUGAAAUAAGUAAAUUAACCCAAUAGAUCCAAUAUAAUAAUUCAAUAAUGCAACGGCAGACACAAAGAAGUCAUGAGAGAUUAAUGCAAAAUGCAUCCCCAAUAUAUGAUGAUCGAAAGAGAUCUGCUUCGCUUGGAUUCAAAUAGCAAUAAUAAUAAUUAGUCCAUAAAAAGUCUAAGGAGAUAACUCCAAAGAUAACUCAAAUAGAACCUCAAACAAUUAAUUAAAUACAUAUAACGAUCUCUAAACAUCAUUUGGAUGACACAGAGAUUAAAUCUGUUAUGCGAGACAAUUUAAUAAAAGAUAAACCUCCAAAACCUAUUAAAACUAUUUAGGAUAAUAAUAAUCAUUUCAAAAAGAGUCACUAUGUUGAUUACUAGCACCCAGAUACUGAAGAGCUGCCUGUAUUUGAAGAUACAGAUAGAUACCCAGUAAGAGAUAAUUAUAUUCCUUAAUAUAUACAAUAUUCAUAACAUUAACAUAGUUAAUAAUAAUAAUAAUAAUAAUAGUAAUAGUUAUAAUAAUCAUAAAUAUCUUCAUAAUCAAAUACUAAAUAAAGUGAUUAAAAUACACAGAAUACCCAUAAUACACAUAAUACAAAUUAAACAUUUGCUUAACCAUAAUCUAGUUAAAAAUAACUAUUAUAAACAUCCAAAUCAUCUCAUGGGCAAUAAAAAUCACCAAAUAGAUCUCCUAAAUUUAAAUAUUCAUAAAAGUAAUAAUCAAAAAAGAAUUUAGAACCAGUUUUAGAAGAAAAUUCAUAUUUACAUGCAAAUCAACAAAGUAGUCACUCUGCUUCUUCUAAAGGCAGAGCAUCAAAUCGAUAAACAAAAACAUAGUAAAACACUUAGGCAGUAUCUAAAAUCAAGGCUUUACUUGAUUAAGAUAAAAAACUGCAUAAACAACAUCUACUAGAAAUAGCAAGUGAAAGAAAUUCUUUUACUAAUUCAUCAGAUAAACUAAAAAAGAUGCAUGAUGAACAUCUUUCUGAUAGCAAUCAUUCAAAGAUGAAUAAGAUAAUUACUCAGGAAAUGAAUGAAUCUCUUCAUAAAAGAGCAUUUUCUAAUAAUAGUUUGUACAAAUAGUAGUAAUAACCAAUGUCGCCCUAAUUAGAUGAACCAAAGAUUAUGGGAUAGGCUUAUUAUAAUUAAUUUCAAGGCUCUAUUUCUAGGCCGAAUUCAAAUAGAGGGAAUAACAUUUUGGGUAAUCCCUAAGCAUAGGAUAAUAUCCUUAUUUUCAGCAAGUAUAAAUAAUAGGUUUUGGAUCAGUAUUCGCCAAAAAUAAAUUAUCAGUAUCGACCUUCAAGUGUUGGGAAGUAGUAGGAGAGCGAAUUAAAAAGAUCUGAAGAUUUUAAUCGAAGUUCUGUGAGUAGCACUUUCUCAAUGUUCAAUCCAAACGAAGAAUUAAAGACAUUCUUUUAAAAUGAUUUUUUGGAAAGAAAAAGAUACACUUAAUAAGGAUACAGUGACAUGAUGAAAUAAUCGUCAUUAAAUUCAUCGCAAGAAAACAAUUAACAUCACAGCAAGUACAUAUCCACAAGUUAGAUUGAGGACCAAUAAAAUUACAGUAAACAUUUAUACAGUCCACAACAAUAUUAAAAUGUUGAUAAGUCUAAUGUGUUCAAUAAUAAUCGAUUGAGCGUAACAAGAAUACUAAAUAACUCAUAAAUAUGA